GGGUUCCCAGAGGAUGUCAUCCAUAUAAUCAAAUCAACAUGGCCUAAACGUAAAAAAAAUAAAAUUAAUAAAAGCUUGUUGGUAGACGAACAAGCCUCGUGCAGAUAACUUAGUUUUAAACCUAACAUUCAAAGAUAUCGAAAAUGUUAUAUUCUUGCCUCGUUUAUGUGGCUAUGUAUUUUCAAUAUUUGAUACAAAUAUUGCUUGGUACUUUGACACCAUCGUGCCACUAUCAAACAGGUUCAAAGUCCUACUAUAUAGAGUAUUGACCGUACUUGGCCUGGUCUUGCUGUAAAAAGAACGGAGAGGUACGCUGGUUGUUCAAGCAUCGAAUGAAGUCAAAAUCUUGAGCCAAAAGAUGCCUGACUUGAGAGGGAAGGUAGCUAUUAUUACAGGUGCGAGUUCUGGCAUCGGGAAGGGGACAGCUGUGGAAUUUGCUCAGCUGGGAGCGCACCUGGCUCUGACUGGGAGAAACCAGGAAAACCUGCAGGCCACGGCAAAGGCCUGUGUGGAGGCAGGGACUCCGCAGGACAAGAUUCUGCUGGUGACAGGAGACAUCUGUGAUGAACAAGUGCAGAAAAAGCUGGUGGAACAAACUAUCCAGAAGUUUGGCAGGAUAGAUGUGCUGGUCAACAAUGCAGGAAUAAGCCAGCGCGCGGCUACCAUAGAGACAACAGACAUGGCGGACUAUGACAGAGUGAUGAACGUUAACGUGCGCAGUGUGGUAGCCUUGACUCAGUUGUGUGUGCCACAUCUCACAGAAACUAAAGAAGCGCCACGACUGAAGAACUCAUUUACUGGAAGUCUUGCCUACACCAUGAGCAAGGCAGCGCUGGACCAGUUCACAAGAUGUGUUGCACUGGAACUAGCUUUAAAGCAAAUCAGGGUCAACUCUGUCAACCCUGGUACGGUCCCAACAGGCAUUUACAAACACGCAGGAUGGACUGAAGAGGAAACUGCCGAGUUUCUGGAACAUUCUAAGACUGCACACGCCCUGGGGAGGGUAGGAGAGGUUUCCGAAGUUGCGAAGACCAUCGCCUUUCUGGCCUCUUCUGACGCCUCCUUCAUAACCGGCGCUCAGGUCCCCGUGGACGGGGGAAGGCACGUGAUGUGUCCUCGUUAACGACCAAAUGUUAACCCUUACUCAUGAUAUAUACAUUUUCGAACUUGACCUUCGUUUCCACAACUGCUACUUACCUACCAAAUACCAUUCAGAUCCAUCCACAUCUUCUUGAGUAUAAAUAGCAAC